GAAAUAAUGUUUGUUCAAACAAUAACAAAACUAAUAUGUCCUCACGUAUUGCAUUUCAUGAGAAGUGUGGCAGCCGAAUUACACUUGGAAAUCAACAGCAAAGUGCUUCACGUAAUUACUCGGGUUCUGAAUUCGAUAAUGGCUUAGUUUUCAGUGAGUUUUUCCUACCAGAAAGAACUCUCUUUGAAGUUGUCAUUGAGAAAAAAACACGUAACUGGUCUGGCUCCUUGGCGAUAGGUGUAACAAAAUGCAACCCAAACGACCUAGAUCCCAUUCCUGAUCGUGCUUCCCGUCUCACAGGUGGCACAUGGAUGUUGUCGGGCAGCAGUGUGCAAAAGGAUGGACGAACAAUUCUCGAUGAUUACAGUAGAAAUUUGGAAGAACUUGCUGUUGGAGAUAGGGUAGGAGUAAUAUUAACAGAUGGUAGGGCGCUACAUUUUCACAUCAAUGGCGAGGACAUGGGUUGUGCAGCCAAAGAUGUGCCAAAAAAUGUUUAUGUUGUGAUCGAUGUGUUUGGUCGGUGCUGUGAAAUCAAACUCAGUGGUCAAAAUGAUGGAUUGUCAUUAAUAGAUGACAAUUUGCAACUCACUUUUCAUCCUUUAUGUGGUUCACAUGUGCAACUAGCUAAUGGAAGGAGGACGGUAUUUAGAACUAAUCCAAAUGAAGAUUUCAACUUUGGAGUUGCAUUAACUUCUCGUCCAUUGCUACCUAAUGAGCUCUUUGAAGUUAAAAUUGAACAAGUUAUUGACAAAUGGGCAGGAUCACUGGAGAUAGGUGUGACAACACAUGCUCCUGGCUCAAUAACAUUACCAGGCACUAUGACCAAUGUCACAUCUGGAACUUGGAUGUUCUCUGGUGGGGCAAUAGUUCAAAAUGGUAUCACGACAAUUGAAUCGUAUGGAAGAAAUAGUGUUUCAUUUAAGGUAAAUGACAAACUUGGUGUUUGUGUGAAUUCAGAAAGGGAGCUUCAUUUCUACUACAAUGAUGCUGAUCUUGGACCUGUUUCCAACAAUCUUCCAGAUUGUUUGUAUGCAGUUGUGGAUAUCUAUGGGCAAGCCGUACAAGCCACUAUUGUGAACAGUCCUCAGAGCCGAGAAAUUUUACCUCCCGAAAACGCGGUGGCAACAACGCAAGAUAAUCACGGUGCAGCGGAGAGGACUGGGGAUAAUCAAACAACAUCGUGCAUGGCAAAGUUCAGUGAAACCCACGGACGGUUGAUAUUAUUGAACGAGGAAAGGACUGGGGCUACUCGACUUAAUGCUCUUGCCGAGUUCAAUCAUGCCGUCUUGAUCAGCGAACAACCUUUAGAGGAUGAUGAACUCUUUGAGGUCGUCAUUGAAGAGAUAACUGACAGGUGGUCAGGCUCUCUUGAAGUGGCAUUAUUAAGCAUGGCUCCGCCUGACAUUGAACUACCGAUAACACUAACUGAUCUCAAACAUCAUUGUUGGGUGGUCAGCGGAUCCAGUGUUAUGCACGAUGGCAUCACAAUCGUCAACGGAUAUGGCGUGGACUUGGAUAAAUUAGGAGUGGGAGCUAGAGUUGGAGUGAUGAGAAAAUUUGACGGUACCUUUCACGUGUUUGUCAAUGGUGAAGACAAAGGAACUGCAGCGUCAUUUGUUCCUCCAGGUGUUUUUGCAGCCUUUGAUUUGUACGGUCAAUGUGUGCAACUUUCGGUCGUUUCCAGUCCACAUAAUACGGAUGGCACUCUUCAUCGAUCGCCUUCCGGUGAAAGUCUCAUCGAUGAAUCCAUGUUAGAUCUCGUAUACUCAUUUAAUUCAAUCAGUGGGGAGAGCAUUGCGUUCAGAAACCACGGUCAUACCGCUGUCCGUACUCGUAGUUUUAACGGUGGGCUCGCGUUUACUGACCGACCCCUUGAGAAUGAGUCCAUCUUCGAGAUUCGUAUUGAUAAGUUGAACGCAACGUGGACUGGGUCCUUGUCGGUUGGUGUGACGUCCCAUGUCCCUUUAACUCGGGUUCCUGUCCAAAUCAGUGAGCUGGGCAACGAAUGUGUGUAUCUGUCAGGCUCAUCAGUGUUCAAAGGCGAAGCAAAAGUUCGAGGUUGCAGUGUGUCCUUGGAUAAACUAAAAGAAGGCUCAAGGGUAGGACUUCAACUGCAAUACGAUGGCUCAUUACACGUCUUUGUUGACAGUAAAUAUAAAGGUGUUGUUGCCUCUGAUCUUCCUCAGGUUUCAUAUGGAGUUGUUGAUGUAUAUGGCGGUACUCAAAGUGUAUCUAUUGUAAAUACAACAAACAGAAUUUUAUCUGAUAAUUUUGUCAGUUCUGAUGAAGAAGGAACCGGUAAUAAUCCUCAAAAACCGGAAUUAGGAAUACCGGACUUGAGUUUCCAUUCUAACUGUGGGCUCAAUAUAAUUAUGGAUGCCUCUUGCACUGUGGCAAAAAGAAAGGCCCGUUUUAGCGAUGGUCUUGUAUUCAGUCGUAAACCUCUGACGAAUAAUGAGAUUUUUCUGAUUCGUGUUGAUGCUAUGAAUUCCAGCUGGUCUGGAUCUUUAGCUGUCGGCGUUCUUUCCACGUAUUCACUUGAAAAGCUGAAUCUUCCAGCAUCCGCUUCAUCAAUACGAUCCAAUUGCUGUGUUCUUGUUCAUGGAUCCCAGAUUUAUAUUAAUGGAAAUAAGACUGAUAUGCAAUUUCCUUAUAAUUUUGAUGACAUACGCGAGGGUGACAAGGUUGCCGUAAUUUGCGAUGACAAAAGUCGUAUUCAUAUCAUUGUGAACAAUGAGGACAAAGGUUUCGUUGACUAUGAAGUAUCUUCGUCCAAGUACGCUAUGUUUGAUUUGUACGGCCGCUGUGAGCAGGUGUCUGUCGUGCCUUGCAAUAAUAUACCCUUGCUCAAGACCGGUGAAGAUGUUGAACUUGAGAGAGAAAAUGAGAAAAUUGUUAAAGAAGAAAGGAUUGCGACCAGUGAAAAAAGUGAAGAUAAAUUUCUUCCCUGUGGUAAUUGUGAUUAUAAAAAGCGUUGCGAACAGUUUCGGACAACAUUAGGAAUACCAGAACAAUAUUUUACGAAGGCCGUUGUGUGUUACUGCGCAAAUUGUUGUGACGCCCGCGAUGAGAAUCGAUCUGCAGUCUGCGGUGAUCCACCACAUGAAUACACUCGUCCUUUUGGUUGGUGCAAAUUUGAAUUAAGACUGCCUCCAAAUUUGGAUUCAUGCCAGACUUUAGAAAAGAACCAUUUGGCAUAUCAUGUCGUUCACGUUGGCUCCAUUCGAAGGACUUUGGACAGAGGUACUCUCCUUCCACCGCGGAAAAACAACCAUAUCAUCACCGGACAUGGAGACAAAAAGAUUAUUGUUUCACCAAGUAUUACACGAGCGACAGCAUUGACAAAAGAAAAGAAAUUUUAUUUUACAAAUACAUCGAAUGGAAAACGGUCAAGUAUACAAGUAGCGUUUGAAAUACGAUUGCCCUCCGAAGGUUACACGAAGACCACGCCGAAUAGUGAAAACGAUUUGCAUUCCAGGGACUGGUGUCUGGAAUAUCCCACUAAAAUUGUACUGUCUGGACUGCUUGUGGAGAUUUGCGAGGAUGACAGGCAACAUCAUUUGAUGAAACUUUUCAAGCUGGCAAGAAGCAAUAUGUCUAUGAUCAUGUCUAUUGCAAUUUUUUUCUUAAUAAUCGCUACAUUUCUCAACGAAGAGGUUCAAUCUCACUCUCACAGUAAAGUGGAGGGACGAUGUUUGCCUGGAGCAAAACACAAGUCGGAACCUUCACCUGAAGAUGACUCAUACAAAGCAUGUCUCUUGUUUAAAAACAGCUCUUGUUGUACGUCGGAGUUUACAAAUCAAUUAGCUGUAGGGAAUGUUCAAAGAAUUGGAAACUUUUCUUGGACAUUAUGUGGAAAUCUUAGCAAAAGAUGCCAAGAUUACAUGAUUGGUGUCGAGUGCUUCUACAGCUGCUCGCCUUACGUUGGACUGUGGGCUGAUCCAAAUUUUGAUUCGGCGUUUAACAAUGCACCGGUUUGCUCAAGUUAUUGUGACGAAUGGUUUGAUGCUUGUAAAGAUGACAUGACUUGUGCUAAAGAUUGGAUUUUUGGCUUCAACUUCACUAAAGACGGACAUAACCAAUGCAAACAAAAUUGCACAACGUUCAAAGAUUUCUACAAAAAUGGAACGGAACUUUGCAAUACGAUGUGGCAUGAUUCGUUCAGAUAUGUUGAUGAAACAAAGCAUCCUGAUCUCUGUCUGCAUUUUCGAUACAACACUUCUCAUGACCCAAACAUAGACGUUGUGGAACGAAUUUUUAAAUUGGAAACUUUUCAUGGACAUUUUGUGGAAAUCUUUGCAAAACAUGUCAAGAUUACAUCUAUUGUAAAUACAACAAACAGAAUUUUAUCUGAUAAUUUUGUCAGUUCUGAUGAAGAAGGAACCGGUAAUAAUCCUCAAAAACCGGAAUUAGGAAUACCGGACUUGAGUUUCCAUUUUAACUGUGGGCUCAAUAUAAUUAUGGAUGCCUCUUGCACUGUGGCAAAAAGAAAGGCCCGUUUUAGCGAUGGUCUUGUAUUCAGUCGUAAACCUCUGACAAAUAAUGAGAUUUUUCUGAUUCGUGUUGAUGCUAUGAAUUCCAGCUGGUCUGGAUCUUUAGCUGUCGGCGUUCUUUCCACGUAUUCACUUGAAAAGCUGAAUCUUCCAGCAUCCGCUUCAUCAAUACGAUCCAAUUGCUGCGUUCUUGUUCAUGGAUCCCAGAUUUAUAUUAAUGGAAAUAAGACUGAUAUGCAAUUUCCUUAUAAUUUUGAUGACAUACGCGAGGGUGACAAGGUUGCCGUAAUUUGCGAUGACAAAAGUCGUGUUCAUAUCAUUGUGAACAAUGAGGACAAAGGUUUCGUUGACUAUGAAGUAUCUUCGUCCAAGUACGCUAUGUUUGAUUUGUACGGCCGCUGUGAGCAGGUGUCUGUCGUGCCUUGCAAUAAUAUACCCUUGCUCAAGACCGGUGAAGAUGUUGAACUUGAGAGAGAAAAUGAGAAAAUUGUUAAAGAAGAAAGGAUUGCGACCAGUGAAAAAAGUGAAGAUAAAUUUCUUCCCUGUGGUAAUUGUGAUUAUAAAAAGCGUUGCGAACAGUUUCGGACAACAUUAGGAAUACCAGAACAAUAUUUUACAAAGGCCGUUGUGUGUUACUGCGCAAAUUGUUGUGACGCCCGCGAUGAGAAUCGAUCUGCAGUCUGCGGUGAUCCACCACAUGAAUACACUCGUCCUUUUGGUUGGUGCAAAUUUGAAUUAAGACUGCCUCCAAAUUUGGAUUCAUGCCAGACUUUAGAAAAGAACCAUUUAGCAUAUCAUGUCGUUCACGUUGGCUCCAUUCGAAGGACUUUGGACAGAGGUACUCUCCUUCCACCGCGGAAAAACAACCAUAUCAUCACUGGACAUGGAGACAAAAAAAUUAUUGUUUCACCAAGUAUUACACGAGCGACAGCAUUGACAAAAGAAAAGAAAUUUUAUUUUACAAAUGCAUCGAAUGGAAAACGGUCAAGUAUACAAGUAGCGUUUGAAAUACGAUUGCCCUCCGAAGGUUACACGAAGACCACGCCGAAUAGUGAAAAUGAUUUGCAUUCCAGGGACUGGUGUCUGGAAUAUCCCACUAAAAUUGUACUGUCUGGACUGCUUGUGGAGAUUUGCGAGGAUGACAGGCAACAUCAUUUGAUGAAACUUUUCAAGCUGGCAAGAAGCAAUAUGUCUAUGAUCAUGUCUAUUGCAAUUUUUUUCUUAAUAAUCGCUACAUUUCUCAACGAAGAGGUUCAAUCUCACUCUCACAGUAAAGUGGAGGGACGAUGUUUGCCUGGAGCAAAACACAAGUCGGAACCUUCACCUGAAGAUGACUCAUACAAAGCAUGUCACUUGUUCAAAAACAGCUCUUGUUGUACGUCGGAGUUUACAAAUCAAUUAGCUGUAGAGAAUGUUCAAAGAAUUGGAAACUUUUCAUGGACAUUAUGUGGAAAUCUUAGCAAAAGAUGCCAAGAUUACAUGAUUGGUGUCGAGUGCUUCUACAGCUGCUCGCCUUACGUUGGACUGUGGGCUGAUCCACUAUAUGAUUCGGCGUUUAACAAUGCACCGGUUUGCUCAAGUUACUGUGAUGAAUGGUUUGAUGCUUGUAAAGAUGACAUGACUUGUGCUAAAGAUUGGAUUUUUGGCUUCAACUUCACUAAAGACGGACAUAAUCAAUGCAAACAAAAUUGCACAACGUUCAAAGAUUUCUACAAAAAUGGAACGGAACUUUGCAAUACGAUGUGGCAUGAUUCGUUCAGAUAUGUUGACGAAACAAAGCAUCCUGAUCGCUGUCUGCAUUUUCGAUACAACACUUCUCAUGACCCAAACAUAGACGUUGUGGAACGAAUUUUUAGUACUGCAACUGGCCUACAUCAUCUUUAUGGACUAGGUGUAGUUUUGGCGAGCAACAAGAUAGAAGGAGUUUGUCUUCGUGGACCAAAACACAAGCCAAAACCUUCACCUGAAGAUGACUCGUAUAAAGCAUGUCACCGAAUGUUCAAAGAAUUGGAAACUUUUCAUGGACAUUUUGUGGAAAUCUUUGCAAAACAUGUCAAGAUUACAUCUAUUGUAAAUACAACAAACAGAAUUUUAUCUGAUAAUUUUGUCAGUUCUGAUGAAGAAGGAACCGGUAAUAAUCCUCAAAAACCGGAAUUAGGAAUACCGGACUUGAGUUUCCAUUUUAACUGUGGGCUCAAUAUAAUUAUGGAUGCCUCUUGCACUGUGGCAAAAAGAAAGGCCCGUUUUAGCGAUGGUCUUGUAUUCAGUCGUAAACCUCUGACAAAUAAUGAGAUUUUUCUGAUUCGUGUUGAUGCUAUGAAUUCCAGCUGGUCUGGAUCUCUAGCUGUCGGCGUUCUUUCCACGUAUUCACAUGAAAAGCUGGAUCUUCCAGCAUCCGCUUCAUCAAUACGAUCCAAUUGCUGUGUUCUUGUUCAUGGAUCCCAGAUUUAUAUUAAUGGAAAUAAGACUGAUAUGCAAUUUCCUUAUAAUUUUGAUGACAUACGCGAGGGUGACAAGGUUGCCGUAAUUUGCGAUGACAAAAGUCGUAUUCAUAUCAUUGUGAACAAUGAGGACAAAGGUUUCGUUGACUAUGAAGUAUCUUCGUCCAAGUACGCUAUGUUUGAUUUGUACGGCCGCUGUGAGCAGGUGUCUGUCGUGCCUUGCAAUAAUAUACCCUUGCUCAAGACCGGUGAAGAUGUUGAACUUGAGAGAGAAAACGAGAAAAUUGUUAAAGAAGAAAGGAUUGCGACCAGUGAAAAAAGUGAAGAUAAAUUUCUUCCCUGUGGUAAUUGUGAUUAUAAAAAGCGUUGCGAACAGUUUCGGACAACAUUAGGAAUACCAGAACAAUAUUUUACAAAGGCCGUUGUGUGUUACUGCGCAAAUUGUUGUGACGCCCGCGAUGAGAAUCGAUCUGCAGUCUGCGGUGAUCCACCACAUGAAUACACUCGUCCUUUUGGUUGGUGCAAAUUUGAAUUAAGACUGCCUCCAAAUUUGGAUUCAUGCCAGACUUUAGAAAAGAACCAUUUAGCAUAUCAUGUCGUUCACGUUGGCUCCAUUCGAAGGACUUUGGACAGAGGUACUCUUCUUCCACCACAGAAAAACAACCAUAUCAUCACUGGACAUGGAGACAAGAAGAUUAUUGUUUCACCAAGUAUUACACGAGCGACAGCAUUGACAAAAGAAAAGAAAUUUUAUUUUACAAAUACAUCGAAUGGAAAACGGUCAAGUAUACAAGUAGCGUUUGAAAUACGAUUGCCCUCCGAAGGUUACACGAACACCACGCCGAAUAGUGAAAAUGAUUUGCAUUCCAGGGACUGGUGUCUGGAAUAUCCCACUAAAAUUGUUUUGUCUGGACUGCUUGUGGAGAUUUGCGAGGAUGACAGGUGAUGUGAUUGAUAAGAGAUGAUCAGAGGGGAACGAAUUAAUACGUCUUAAUGCAGUGAAUAUUUAGUUAACAUUGUCGUUUCUUAAUGCAACAAAGGAAAGUGUUCGAUACAAAAUGCUUCAUUGUUUCUUCUUAUAAUAAAAUGUUGGAUACACAUGAUUUCAUCGACCAUCCCACCAUGACAUCAUCUCCCUGGAAGGUGAUGGAAUGUUCAGAAGAACUGGUAAAGUUAUGCACAUUGUUGUAAUUACGUAAAUAUUACAUAUGUUUCACGCAGAUAUUGUAAAAGAUAAUUUCAAGACUUAUUAUUACAAUCCCCGGUUUUACGACAGUCACAUCAUAAGA